GGAAAAGGGGCGGUUGCUGUAGUUGCUCCGGGCUGCUGAGGCUGGCUAGUCCGCUCAUGGCUGACUUCUGCAGAAUGAAGCACCCUGCGGCGUGGUGACGCAGGCCUAGAGGAAGGUACACACAAGACCUGCACGUUGUCCCCAGCUGCACUUGCUUGCCAGCCACGCUUGCCGGCAACCCAGUCGCUAAGCAGCCGUGUUUGGGCACUGGAGGCGGAGCAGGCGAUGGACCAAUAUUGCAUCCUGGGCCGGAUCGGGGAGGGCGCACACGGCAUUGUCUUUAAGGCCAAGCAUGUAGAGACUGGAGAGAUCGUUGCCCUCAAGAAGGUGGCCCUGCGGCGGCUGGAGGACGGCAUCCCUAACCAGGCCUUGCGGGAGAUCAAGGCUCUGCAGGAGAUCGGGGACAAUCAGUAUGUGGUGCAGCUGAAGGCUGUAUUCCCACAUGGGGCAGGCUUUGUGCUGGCCUUUGAGUUCAUGCUGUCAGAUCUGGCUGAGGUGGUACGCCACACCCAGAGGCCACUUGCCCAGGCACAAGUCAAGAGCUACCUGCAGAUGCUGCUUAAAGGUGUCUCCUUCUGCCAUGCCAACAACAUUGUGCAUCGGGACCUGAAACCGGCUAACCUGCUCAUCAGCUCCUCAGGCCAGCUGAAGAUAGCGGAUUUUGGCUUGGCCCGGGUCUUCUCCCCUGAUGGCAGCCGCCUCUACACACACCAGGUGGCCACCAGGUGGUAUCGAGCCCCCGAGCUUCUGUAUGGUGCGCGCCAGUAUGACCAGGGGGUCGACCUGUGGGCCGUGGGCUGCAUUCUGGGGGAGCUGUUGAAUGGGUCCCCACUUUUCCCGGGGGAGAAUGACAUCGAACAGCUAUGCUGUGUACUUCGCAUCUUGGGCACCCCUAGCCCCCAAGUCUGGCCGGAAAUCACGGAGCUGCCCGACUACAACAAGAUCUCCUUCAAGGAGCAGGCACCUGUGCCCUUGGGGGAGGUGCUGCCAGAUGCCUCUCCUCAGGCCUUGGACCUUCUGGGGCAGUUCCUUCUCUAUCCUCCAUACCAGCGCAUUGCAGCCUCCCAGGCCCUCCUGCACCAGUACUUCUUCACAGCUCCCCUGCCUGCCCACCCUUCGGAGCUGCCAAUUCCCCAGCGCCCAGGGGGACUGGCCCCCAAAGCCCAUCUGGGGCCUCCCAACGUCCACAACUUCCACACGGACCGCCCCCUUGAGGAGUUGCUGUUGAACCCAGAGCUGAUUCAGCCCUUCAUCCCAGAGGGCUGAGAUGCAGAGCCAGGCCCCACUGGCCUGUGUUCCCGGGCCAUGCUCCAACCUGCCUCCAUCUCCCAUGGCCACACUAUGACCACACUGAGCUCACUCCAUAGCUGGUCCUGCUCCAGCCAGGUGAAGAGGAUGUCCAGCCCCAGUAGAGAAGGAGACCUAUGGCUGUGCUCUUGGCCUCCGUGUGCUGCUGACUUACCCAUCAGAAAGAGACAGUGAGCCCUCUACCACGCCGCCAUGGUACUGCUUCUCCAGGUUCUGCCCUAGUGAUCAGGGAUGGUCCUAGGAGAGCCAUCUGCAGGAAUACAGAGUAAGAUGUCCUCAAUUCCAAAACCCAAGUGGGAAAGGAGGUUUGGUUUGCUUUUGUUCUUAGAGAUAUUAAACACCAGUUCAGUUUUCAAAUUUAUUAUUAAAAAAAAACAACCCACGUAGUUCUGCCUGGGUUCUGCUCCUCUUCCAUUCCUUUCAAGGGAAGUGGCUGAGGUGGUAUUAUCUCACUUCUCUAUGGCCACUGGGAAAAUUGCCUUGUAGAGGCUUUGUAGGGGCCUUCUAUGACGGAGCUCCCACUUGGAGGUGAGGUGGUUGAAGUCAAGGCCAGGGAUAGCUCAGGUUGUGAACCAAAUACCUUAAUCUGGUUUACAAACAUCUCCGCCAUUUGGAGAAAGGUGAACUAGGACCAGAUGUGCCAUCUUCUUACUAAGAGACAUCAAAUAAAUAAAGACACAGACAUUCCUGAAAUUCAUUUGUUAAUUCAGUAAAUACCAAUACAAUUC